AUGUUUGGUGGAGUUAUGACUGACUUUACAAAAAGUGGAUUAAAAUGGCGUGGCGUUUUUAAAGCCUCUAAGUAUAAAAAUGCAGCACCAAUUGUGCCUAAGCCCGAGGCAUGUAUUCGGGACAUCUGUGUGGGGUCGUACCAGACCUUUGGGAACAAUAUUUGCGCUUCAGCGUCUUUUAUGGCGUUUAACUGGGAGCAUGUGGGUUCAAGUAUGGCGGUGCUGCCGUUGGAUGACUGCGGAAGGAAGAGCAAGACCAUGCCGCUGCUGCAUGCACACUCGGACACAAUCACUGACAUGGAAUUCUCACCGUUCCAUGAUGGUUUGCUGUUGACUGGAUCUCAAGAUUCUUUGGUAAAACUAUGGCACAUACCUCCAGAGGGUUUGAAAGAGUCCCUUUCCAACCCGGAGUGCACACUGUCCCAGAAGCAGCGGCGUGUGGAGAAUGUUGGCUUCCACCCAGUGGCCGAUGGGCUGAUCCAUGUGGCUUCGGGUCAUGAGCUGGCUCUAUGGGAUUUGACUAAGCAGAAGGAAGCUUUUGUAAACCGAGACCACGGCGACGUGAUCCAAUCCACAUCAUGGAAGAAGGACGGGCGUCUCAUGGCGACCUCGUGCAAAGACAGAAAGGUCCGCAUAGUGGAUCCUCGAGCAGACUCUGCCGUGUUGGACGCGGCUUCUAGCCACCAUGGCAUCAAAGACAGCAGGGUGGUAUGGCUGGACCAAGACCGAAUUUUGACCACUGGCUUCGACGCAGCUCGCCUCCGCCAGAUUAUGAUCCGCGACGUUCGCAACCUCUCUCAAACUCAGAAGACCCUCGAACUGGACUGCUCCACCGGCAUCUUCAUGCCUCUCUUCGAUCCUGACACCAAUAUGCUCUUCCUUGCUGGAAAAGGAGAUACCACCAUAUUGUACAUGGAGGUUACAGAUAGAGAACCGUUCCUCAUUGAGGGAUUGAGGCAUUCUGGCGAACAGACGAAAGGCGCCUGCCUGGUCCCGAAGCGAGCUCUCCGCGUCAUGGAGGGCGAAGUCAACCGAGUGCUGCAGCUCACCGGCUCUAGCGUUAUACCAAUCAUGUACCAGGUGCCAAGAAAGAGCUACCGCGAAUACCACGCGGACCUGUACCCCGACACGGCGGGCGCCGUCACGUACCUCAGCGCGCCCAUGUGGCUCGCGCGCCGCGACCACCCCGUGCCCAGCAUCUCCCUGCACCCGGCCGCCGGCAACUGCACGCAGAUCCACCGCGGAAACCUAGAAGAACUAGUCAAAUCGAUCCUCGCAAUGCCUCCACCCAAAAAAGCAGAAGCCAACAAAGCCAUAACUCCAGUCAUCACCCAAGAAGACCCGAAACCUAAACCUGCACCCGAACCAAAAGACGAAGACCGGAUUGACUUCGUUAAUGUAAAAGACUUAAUCAAAGGCAUGGAAGGCAAGAAAGAAAACGGUUUCCAUAAGAAAUUAGACUACGGGCAUGAAGAAGAUGACACAGAAGAUAAAGAAAAGAUUCUAGAGAAGACUGAAAGCACAGAUUCGGAAACAUGUCUGUCUAGAAGCAAUAGUUAUGUGAACGGGACUCCAGGACAAGCACCUAAGCCGUUGCCUAGGUCGUCUAUUUCGGAGCCUUCGGCGGGCGAUGACGAGGCGCCCAAACCUAAGCCUAGGACUACGGCGGUACCGAUUUCUGGUUACAAGCCUCGCCUGGGACCGAAGCCAUUCUCUGCAUCGUCUGGCAGUGAAGAGUUUUCAUUCGACAAGGUCUUCUCUGUGCCGGUUGUACCGGGCGUACCCAAAUCUGAAUCAGCCACCUCGCCAUUGACGCAAGCGGCCUCCACUCCUGUGGGCAAAGACGAAGAAAAGGACAAAUCCCUGUCUCCUACCAGCGACGUUGAAAUUGCACCUAAAGAAGAGUACACGAACGGGAAGUCUGACACGAGCUUGGAAGAGGAGGUGAAUUCCUCCGACUCGGGAUACAUUCCUAAAACUCCAAGCACUGCCGAUAGGAGGAAACUUUUUGAAACCACUGACGGGAACCAAUCGAUCGCGGACCGGCGGCGCGCGUACGAGGCGCGCUCCGUGAGCGUGGCCGUGGAGUCCGACACGCCGCCAUCGCCCGCGCCUCUCAGGCGGCGCGACUCGCUGAAAUCUCGGAAGAGUCCAGAUCGCGAGGAAAAGGACAAACGCGCGUCCGUACCGAACGUGACCACUAAGAGGACCUCUACUGUCUUUGGAAAAGUAUCAAAAUUCCGGCAUCUGAAAGGAACGCCAGGACACAAGUCGACACAUGUGGAGAACAUCAAAAACAUCAGCCGACAGAUAUCGGGAGAGUGCAAUGGAUUUUAUGCGAACGGCGUCCGCUGCGCCGUGCCGGUGUCGGGCGGCGGCGGGCGCGUGGCCAUCGUGGAGCUGCCCGCGGGCGCCUCGCGCGCCGCCGCCGCGCCGCCCGCGCACCCCUCCGGCCGGCACGCGCCCGCGCUGCUGCACCCGGCCGUGCUGCAGGACUGGGCCUGGGACCCCUUCCGCGACGACAGGCUGCUGGUGGCUUGCGACGAUGGCAUGAUUCGGGAAUGGAUUAUUCCGGAAGGAGGCCUCCAAGAGUCCUCCAACACACCAAACCGCACGUUCUCCGCUCACCCCGACAAGAUCUACAUAGUGCGCUUCCACCCCACCGCCUCCGACCUGCUCACCACUGCAGCACACGACCUUACUAUUAAGAUAUGGGAUCUCAGCCUAGAUGUACCAGAAGCGGCGAUCACUUUAACUGGUCAUACGGAGCAGAUAUUUGCCUUGGACUGGUCGCCUUGUGGGGAAUAUUUGGCUACCGUUUGCAAGGAUGGACUUGUCAGGAUCUUCAAGCCCCGGUCGUCGACGGAGGCCAUCCGCAGCGGCCCCGGGCCGGCGGGCAGCCGCGGGGCGAGGAUAGUCUGGGCCCUCAACGAGACGCAUCUAGUCGUCACUGGGUUUGACAAAGUAUCGGAACGGCAAAUUUACUUGUACAAGGCAAGCGAUCUCAGCGCUCCGCUGUGUACGGUGGGCUUGGAUGUGUCCCCGGCAAUAUUACAGACGCACAUCGACCACGACUCCGGCACCAUCUUCCUCACGGGACGGGGUGACUCAACAAUCUACUGCUACGAGGUGACAAGCGAAGCCCCCUACCUGUGUGCUCUGUCGCAUCACCGCUCGCCGACGCUGCACCAGGGAAUCUCCUUCCUCAACAAGAAAUUGGUCGCUGUAGAAAAGGUGGAGUUCGCGAGGGCGCUAAGGUUGACCAAUGGCAAUAUCGAGCCUCUGUCCUUCACUGUGCCUAGGAUAAAGAGCGAGCUCUUCCAAGACGAUCUGUUCCCGCCGACAUUAGUGACGUGGGAGCCAUGGCAGUCCUCGCGCGCCUGGCUCGACAACAAGCACGUCACCCCGCGCACGGCCAGCCUGCAGCCGCCCGGCAUGCAGCCCUUGUCGGAGCAUUCCGUGCCCGCUGCGAAGGAACCGGCAAAGCCUCCACAGAAGCCCAAACCCGACCUGAUCAAGUCGCACGUGCCACUCGACCCUAAGGAAAAACAGGACAGCAUAAUGAAAUCCAUGAGCGCAAAGGUGGCAAUGGACCUGAAGUUAGAGCAGGACAACAUGGAAGGCGUUGACCAGGCCGAGUGGGACCAGUGAGCUGCCGAUGAAUUCUUCUUACACCGACAUACCUUAAGUAACUUGCUAUAAGGUUCAAAAUAGGUUGUUCCACCCUUGAGACAAAUAACCAUAGAAUAAGUGUUGGUUUAGACUCAAGUCCUUUAAGUCCUCUGCUAAAGCAAAAAAAAAAAAUCGACUCGGUUUUUCACUCUUAAAUUAUGUAUAGAUAAUUGUGAAAAGGCAUUGUCUUCACAUGAUGACAAGGAUCAUUCAAUAACGCCUAUUUCCAUAUUGUUCAUUUAGAUAAAACCUAUUUUUUUUUACGAAGUCUAUCCGAAGACUUGAGUCCUUUUAAGUGCUUAAAAGACUCAAUAACCACUCACUUGCUUUUGGUAACUGUAGUUACCAGCUGUCACCCUUAUUUUAUUAUACUAAUAGCAGUCGCUGAAAAAUAUCAAGCAAGUGAGUAGAUAAAGGACUUGACUCGGGGCUUAAACUCGUAUGUAAGCGUUGAGUCGCGUAAAAACGAGUCGAGUUUUUCUUAUUUAGACUCAAAAGUAGUUCCUACCAACACUACAUAGAGUUGAUAUGUUGAGCAGGGCUAAGACAAAACUGAUAUAAAAAUACGCCGAUUUUUUCGGGUAUACAAGUGAUUUCGGGUAUACACUUAGGGUGUCCCUUAUUUUGCGAUUUUUAAAAUCAACAACGCGUACUCUCUUAAUACAAUAAUACCCCAAAACACCCUGAAAAAAAAUUCAGGAUAUUCCUGUAACCGGAACCCGUGCCGACUUUCAUCUGAAAAUCCUAUACAAAUUACUUUGGAGAAAUUUGGUCAGACAGUAAGUUGAUAAUUAUUUAUUGGUUUUCCGGUGAAGUAAUGUUAUUAUAUUUGGUAAUUUUCAUACAUUGUACGGGAUAAUCACAUGAAUGUUGGCACGGGUUGAAGUUAUAGGAAUAACCUGAAAUUUAUUUUCAGACUGUUUUGGGGUAAAAUAAACCGAGCAUACCGCGUUAUUAAUUUCUAAAAAUCCAGAGCUAUGCGUAUCGUUCAUGGAGUCACAGUUUUGCCUUAACCGUUUUACUGCUAUAGACGUCAACUAACGCUCGUGGCGACAGCCCAAUAUCAACCUUCGUGCAUUCCGAUAAGGUUCACGAUGACGCGCCGCAUACGUUCUGUCUAUUUGUCAACUCUGUGGGAAUAGCCCGUCUGUCCCAAUCUAUUUGUAAGGAUGAUACCACACCAAUCGAUUCCAAUCGAUCGAUGGCAGCGAUCGAUGGUAGAAUGGAAAAUUCGACGUCGAUCGAUAGUUUCUAUUAGACAAAACACACUAAUCGAUGGUAUCGAUCAACAUCGAUCGAUUAGUGUAUCAGUCGAUCAGCAAACGCUACCACACCAAUCGAUCGAUUAGCGUAACCGUUGAUCAGCUAAAGCUACCACACAUUGCGAUCGAUGUCGAUUGAUGGUAUCGAUCGAUGAUCGAUCGAUUGGUGUGGUAACACCCUAAGAAGAUGGGCUACUUCCAAGGUCAAACAUUAUUUGGUAUAGUAACAUUAAAACAAGUGAUAUAGUACCGAGUCGACUUAAGUCGCAGACCUUUAGCUGCAUUUGAAGAAGAUAAGAUAUUUGGGACUUUAUUAUAUAAUACCUAAGGUAACUAAUCCCUUAACCUUUAGACCUCUUUGCAACAGACUGUUACGUGUAAGAAGUUUUCGAUAAUGCUUUCAGUCUCAGUUUUUGUAUAUCUUUAGAAAUAGAUUAGCGAUUUAGACAUGAUUAACUUGAGGAAUAUAUUGGCAACGAUUCUUAGACCCAUUUGUAACAGUAUAUGUGACUUUCAAACAUAGAAGGGUCCUUAUGUUUCAUGUGCAUAACCUUUCCUGUCCUUUUGCACAUGAAACACAAGGACCCUUCUCUAAUGGAAAGCCACAUUUAUUUUAAUAUGUAGAAAGCAUAAGACCGUAAACGAAUUCCAUUUAGGAUUCCCGCCCCUAUGACUGUACCUCGAUACAUAUUUUAUAGAACUUUUUUCCGACUUAACGUAGCUAUUCAAUAAUCGUAAGUAGCUGGACUAAAGACGAUUAGUUUUAAAAGUAUUAUUUGACAUGAACAGUACCCCUAGUGUAAAUAAAUUCGAUUUCGAAACGUGACGUACGCGUUUGCGUUUAGUCUAAUUUUGUAUUGGAUUUAGAAAGAGCGCGCCAAGCGGGACGUUUUGGAAACUCAAAAUCCUAUACAAAAUGAGACUUAACGCAAACGCGUUCGUCACGUUAUGAUGUCGAUCAAAUUUACACUAGGGGUACAGAGCUAAUUUUAUGGUAUAACUCGAGUAUUUUUGUGCAUGAAUAGCUCUCUGAAACAUGCCGCGCGAGUGAACUAAAAAUACUUGAAUGAAAACCGUAAAAUUAUUUCCGCAGCAAGUUCGGUUCUCCAUACAAACGUAUUCACGCUCUCAUUUUAAACCGACUAGCUAGAAAGCUCUGAAACUUUGUACUUUUUUAAAUCAUUUAAGUAAGCAAGUAAGUAAAUAUUCUUUAUUGCACCAACAAUCAUACAUUUUACAUACAUGUAAAACUACAAAUGAAUUUUAAAGGAAAAUAGAACCAGGUAACAACAGGCGGUCUUAUCGCUAAAAAGCGAUCUCUUCCAGACAACCUUUAGGCAGCAGGAAAUUUAGAACUCAUACAAAAGUCAACAGGUAGUGCAAGGAGCUAAAUAUGGAGACUAUUAAACACAAACACACAUACCAUUACACAUAUCAUGUAUUUACUCAAUAAAAAUACACAGCAAUAUUCAUUUUACAUAUUUUUCACCAAACUGCUUGACAGUAUGUUGGCAAACGGUAGCACUCAACAUUCAAUAACACGUACAACAUUCAACCUACAAUAGGAUAAGGUAUAUCCACUCCUGUAUUUAGUUUAUGUAGCGUCAGAUGCUAUCGUUAAAAAAAUACAGCGAAUUUAAGUUUUUCAUACAAAACUUGUUUUUGCUCUAUUUCUUUCAUUUUAAACUGGAGCUAUAUAAACUAAUUACAGUACUAGAUAUACCUCAUGUUGAAUGUGCAAAGUUCGUUUGUAUGGGAGGUGAAAUUCGGCCGAGCUUGCCGGAGACUCAUUAUUUCAUACGUCAAUGUUUUGGGAGAUACAGGGAAAGUUACUUAGCAGCUGCGGUCAUAGCCGAUACCACGAGUUUCCCGGUGUGUAGCGAAAGUGCUUUGUGGAGGCGAAACGACUAUUAUCAUGAUUAUCACGAUUAGCUCGCUUUUUUCAAGGGAAAUUUUCACUGUAUCUCACAAAAUAUUUCAGUAAAGGCACUGUCUUCAAUACCAUAUUAUUCAGAAAUACGAAUAACUUUAUCAACUGUUACCGGGUACAACUUAAAAUGCACCUUCACGCUUUAUAAUAAAGUUUGAAAUUGCAUAUGUAUUAUCGUAAAGUUUAAUUAUAUGGUCUGGUAACAAUAAUGACAAAGGCACGCGUGUUGAAAACCGCGUCAAGUAUUUAUUUUGAUCUCACAUUCGACCAAACUCUGACUGUGAAGCGAUGCUCAUUCAUGCUCACUAAUUAUACACUCAAAAACAAUAAAAACGGGUACAUCCCGUACAGACAGUACCAGUUUUCAUUGAUUUUGAUUUUACGAAUAGCAGUUCGUUUAAUCCCCGAAGUGUUGUGGCGAAGUGAUAUAUUAGAUAAUUUUAAUCUACUAUAAUGCACUACGAUAUGAACUAUGAACCAAAAUUAAUUAUAUAGUUGGGUGAAUCAACUUUUUUUGUGUUGUUAUCCUGUCCCGUUGUCCAAGGCUCAAUACUGGUACAGUUUGUUUGAAAAGAUGUACAUAUGACGAUCUACUAACAUGCCCGAUGGAUGGUAUAACAUGGUCUGUUAUAGAAAUGGUAUAAAACGACCCAAAAAUGCAUGUUUGAUACAUUUAAAUAACAGUACCUGGGCGACCGAGCUUUGCUCGGUUAUAACUAUUUAUUGUAAUAUGGUGGUCUAUAGGUGAUAAUCUUAACUACAUUUUUUUACUAAAUUAAACUUGUCUAAAACAAUAAAAAUUAAAAAAUUAUAUACAUAAAAUGAAUAUAUAUAAAAAAAAAAGUUAGUCACCGGGCGAGAUUCGAACCCGUAACAUUCGUUUAGCAGCCCGCGUCUUAACCCGCUGGACCAGACGGGCAGUGGCCGGUAAUACGAAAUUAGCGAGCAUAUUCUGCGUCGAAAGAAAAACGCAUGAAAACUCGAAAACACGCGUUUUCCCAAACAUAAAACUAAUCUAGAUAGAUUGUAUACCCCCAAAAACCCCCAUAUACCAAAUUUCAGCGAAAUCGUUAGAGCCGUUUCCGAGAUCACAGAAAUAUAUAUAUAUAUAUAUAUACAAGAAUUGCUCGUUUAAAGGUAUAAGAUAAAAUCAGGUUGUCUAAGGGACAAUAAACCGUAACCAUGGCAACGAGAGACAAAAAAGUUGAUCCACCCAGUUAUGAUCGGUCGCAGAUAUUUACAAUGAUCAUUUAGGGCUUUUACGCAGUAAACGUCUUCAUGUGAAACUAACUAAAAAGACACAUACGGUCACGUUUGAAAAUAUCGAUACGGACAAAGGGCCAAAAAUAUGUAUACACUAACCUAAUAUAUGGGCCAUAAAGUCGUGUAUACAUAUUUUUGGCACGUCGAUCGUGGCGAUGUUUUUAGACGUGACGUGUAAAUUUAGUCACCUGUAAUAAUUUACGAUGUAUACUCAAUUUUUUUUGCGAUAUCGGCGUUGGUCCAAUAGUAGCUCAGUAUGACCUAUAUAUUUAUCCCGUAAAUUAUUGCAGGUGACUAAAUUAACACUUGUAUAAGACCCCUGAUAGACGUACAAUUUUAUAUGCCGUCUUCAUUUGACUGUAAAAAAAAAAAAUCUGAUGUCUAUUCUUUUCGGUUUUCUAUAUGAAGACGCUUAUCGCAUAGAGAUAGUCCUAUAUAUAACUCAGAAACGUAACAUUCCUACGUUUGCCAUAUGAAAUGCAUUUAUUUAUACGUACUUUAUGUAUUUAAAUAUUGUUACUAUAUACAUCGUAACGCGUAUAUAUAGAUAAGGAAAUAUAGGGUACUUCCGCGGUUAUCGCACUGAUGCGGCUUCGCACGGGUUGUGUGAGCGAGACAGCGCUAUACAUGAUGUCCCGCUCACACAUCGCGCGGCUCCGAAUCCAAUGUGAAAUCCGUCUUAGGGAAUUGACGAUUUUUUUCAACGUAAUAUUGUAUUUCUAUAAUUGUUAGGGUGGCAAUCCACUGAGUUAUACUGGUUUUUUUUUUUAACUAUAAAGUAGUAUUCCGUAUUCCAUAUAUUUUCUAUGCAAGAAUCAAAUGAGCGUUCCAUGCUAUUUUCUAUGGGCAGUACUUCAUAUUAAAAAAAACAGACCAUAGACUUUUUAACGGAAGUCGUACUAAAAGAACCGGUUUUUCGUAAUACCGGUUUUAACCGGUUUCUAUAUCUUCAGUGGAUGUUUAUUAAUAUUGUAUACAGAAUCUUAUAUAUAAUUAUAUUAUAGUGCGUUUAGUAUUGCUAGUUGAUGCCAUACAUCACACGUUUUGCUCAAACAGCCAAAGAGUUCUGUCUCGUCAACGUAAUUUAUUUACAAUGUUGAUUUAUACUCGGUUCCUAUAACGCUAUAUCAAACGAAAUUGGUCUACUUGUUUAAGAAACAUAUUUUUUUUUUAUUCACUGGUUUCUUCAAAAAAGGACAAUCGUUUUGCCUUGACGUGUCGGACUGUAUGAUAAUUUUUUACAGACCACAUAGAUUACUUAAAAUUAAAAUAGUACCGUCAAGUGUAACUGGGGGCAGGAGUGACAACAACAAAAUAAAUGUUCCCCAAUUAUAUGAAGUGGCUGACAUCAGUGUACUUUUUAUAAUCUUUGAAUCAGGAUUUACUAGUUUUAGGGUUAUAUUUUCAACUAGCUAUUAGAAUAUAGUAGUCGUUACCCCACUGGGACGGUAUUUUAACUUUUUUCUUGAAUAAGGCAGGCCUUAUUAGGCCUUUUUAAUAUGUAUAAUAAAUCCCAAAUAUAUAAAAUGUGCUCAAUAUAACAGUGUAAAGGAACCGAGUCUACUAUUUCUUAUCUCCAAAAAUUUAUCUUUUUAAACGUCAUGCCAUGACGAACCAAUCAAUUCCAUGAUGUGAGAAUCACACAAUAAAAUCAAAUAGUAAACACACAAUAAAAUCAAAUAGUAAAAAUAACAAUAAAAUUAAGGAGUUUAAUGAAUAGUAGUUUAAAAAAAACAUAUAAACCCUCAUGGAUUAAAACUAUGUGAUUUGGUGUUUUUGAUUAUGUACUCUAUAGUUUAUUUGUAGGCAUCAUUAUAGGUCCUAUUCAACAGAAUCUCAUAACGACAUUAUUUAUAAUGUAUUUGUAAGUUUUGUAAAGGAAAUUUGGUACAUUAAAUGACAGUACUCAUUGAACGAGCUAAACUAUAGUCGUCUCUUUCACUUCUAGUUGCAGAAGGUUUAAGUAAGAGGGAGAAAACUGGUGAUUCUACUUUGCCGGUUUCAAUAAUAUGUAGUUGAAAAUCGGUCUUAUUGUCUAACGCAAGUAGAUCGUCUUUUGUUCACAUAGUCAGAUUUUUUGUAUGUAGAAUUACCAUCGGCUUGACUGUUAACUGAGAAUAAGCCUUAUUGCGAAGAUAUAAGGUACACUAAUGAUCAGUUCAGAGUGUUACUGUUAUAGUUGAGAUAAAACUCGCUGCACGCGAAGCAAGUAAAAAAGAGACAGGACGCCGCCCGCCGCAGGUAUGUGUGAUAGAGAGGCUAGAGAGCACACUGCGUAUUCGCGCGCAGCGAGUGUUUGACUCAACAAUUAGUUUUGCUCGUUCAAUCAGUACGAUUAUUCGAAGUUUGUAAGUGGCAAUGAAUUUUUGUAAAUUGAUUAAAUAUCGAGGACUUUCCUCAAUAUCUUCCAUCUCGCUUGAAUUCAACGCUUACGAGCGAGACGGACAGGGAGAUACGUACGCUUUCGUAUUACUUAAAUAUAAAUAGAAUAGAUGUAAUUUUAUUACUAGUCAAAAAGCUAUUCCUUAUGGUUUCAUGCGUAUUUCUUUAAUAUUAAUUUAUGAUUAUAAUUAAAGAGUAUUUCCUUUUAAUUAAGUUCUUGUUUAAAUAUACCGUUAUCACCAUACACUUUGCUGAUUUACCUAAAAAUAUUAACAUUUUGACGUUAUGGAUGUUUAGAUAUUUUGAGGACAUUGUUCGCUCAGAACUGAUGGUGUUAAUGUGUAGUUUGACAAGUAAAUUUUGACAUUUGCACAUAUCCAUACUAUGGCUAUAAGCUAUUUCAAUAUAAUAUUAAAAUACGCACCUUUGGUAUACCUAAAUCCUUCCAAAUGUAUGAUAUGAUAUUUCACAUUAAUAUUAAUGGUUAUUUAAUGUUUGUGAAAAAUAUUCGAAACCGAAAUUGUAAUCAAACCAAAAUUCGUAUGACAUUUUCAUCGUUUUGAUAUUUAAUCGCAUAAAAUAUUACCUAAUAGAUCACCUAACAUUUUUGUAUAAUCGAGUCCUAAUGGUGGUGUGAAAAAUCUUAAAACUUGCGUGUUCAUAUUUGGAUAAUAAACGGGUACAGUCAGCGUCAAAUACUUCGUAGCAGUCAAAGUAGCCAAAUAGUUCGGUACACCAUAUAUUUAGUAUGGUGUACCGAACUAUUUGGCCACUUUGACUGCUACGAAGUAUUUGACGCUGACUGUACAAUUUAGAAAGGGUACUUUUAUAUGACCUUUUUGAAUUCUUAGAUCUUAACACUUUCAGUGCCAAAUGCCCCAUUUUCAAUACAAAAUGAGCACACACGUGUUCUUGUCAGUGAGUGUGUUAAGGCUGUUAAGUGACUUGAUUUCUGCAUUUACUACAAAGAAAUCGUGUAGAUUUUUUUGAACUUUUCGCCCGUUGAAAUGUAUCUGCUAACGUAAUGUAUUCAGUUUUCGAGAUUUUUCACCCCACUAUUGUAUUCCAUGUUAAUUGUAAGAUUGUAUAAUAUAUAAUUUUGUAUUCUGUAAUGAAUUGUCAUACGAAUUGCUUUUGCACAAAUCCUGAUCCGUACCAAAGUUGUGGAAUGACAAUAAUUUGUUUCCCAGAAUCUUCCAAAUUAUGGUAAUUUCUUUGCAUUCAAUACAAUAAAAAUAUGUAAUUAUGUAUGGCUCGAGUGUCUAGAGAAUGGUGGUAAUAAGUAUUUAUUUCGAGUGUUCUUAACGCUGUGAAAAAAAAAAGAUGUGGAUACCGGUUAAAUUUCCAAAUGAUUAUCAUGUGUUUGUUUCAGUUUCGUUACCAAAAACAAUAUUAAACCGGUUUUUGGAGAAGUAUGAUAUGAAGGUCAUCCGAUUUAAAACUUUUAAACCGCUUAUAGACAAUAAAGGGGUUGCUAAGUUCUUUAAUCUCAGCCGGUCGCCUCCUACUGCUUGUCGAUUAAACCGGUUAAGUUAGGUUAGUAUUACCGGUAUUAAAAAGUUUUAGUAAAAAGAUAGCGGCUUUUUACCGGCUCUGAACUAUGCUUUGCUUUGAUCUUAAUCGACGUAAUGAAUAAAUAUUUCUGGAUCCUAUCAUUAAAAAUUUGUCAAUACAAUUGUAUUAUGUUAAAGUUUAAAAAAAUACUUUUCGUAUCAUACCCCAGAAUCCUGCUGUACACAAUUACCGCAAACCAUAUUCUAAUUAUUUAGAAAUUUACUAGGUCUACAUUAAAACGGAUUUACUUUAAAAUUACUAGAAGUGAAACUUUGGUAUGAUUCAAAUCAUACCAGGGUUAUGUUGUCUACCUACAAUUUGUAUUUUAUUAAAGUUUUCCAUGAAUUUGCUAGUCUUACGAAAAUGCAAAUUUUAGAAUCCAUUUUUUAUCAUUAAUGAAUUGGAUCGUGAUUGCUACAAUUUUGAGUAAACGAGUGCCAAUGUGUUUUUUAAUUUUGUAUAAAAAUUGGCUUACUGUAUUAUAGUUCACGACUUUACCGUUUUGCUUAAUAGAAAUAUCAAUCUGAAAAUGAGUCUUACUGCUUUAAGAAAGGGUUGAUAUUUCAGUGAGCAGUCUUUGUUGGUAAAAUAUAACAGACAUCAGGGAACGUGUGUGUAUUUUUCAUACCUUUGGAUGUUAAGCCCUACAGAUAUCCUAGUGUUAAGGCAAUAUUUGGAGAUAUUUUUAUUAUUUUGCAUUUUUUUAUUAAACUCUUGCUAAAUAAAUUAUGUGUUUUAUUUA